UGCAAACACCGGAAUACUAUUCUUCUUUCCAGCUGUUUGCGUUGUUUUGUAUCACAAUAUUAAUGAAGGACCUGUAUGCGGUACGGUAAAGGAUGGCAAGCGAUUGUGUUGAAGAAGUGUGAAUGAAGAAAUAUGGAACUUCGACUUCGACCAGAAAACAAGGAUACAAUGGAUAAUUUGGACCACAGCACAGUAAUGAAAACUGCCAGUAGUCCGACUUCAGGGAGUGAUUGUAAUCUUGAUUUUGGGCAGAGUCAUCUAUCCAUAAGCAACCAGAAAGAUGAAAGUGAUGACAAUGGUCUUCAAAAUUCAUCUUCCAGUAAGAAACAUAGCCCCAGUUCCGCAUAUGAUACUGAGCCAUAUGGGGGAGAUGCAGGUACAGGUGUAAUAACGAAAAGUUCACCCCUUCGUCAUAAAAGGACAAAUUUCAACAAUUGUAACAGCAGAGCAAUCGCUGGUGUUGCUGUUGCAUCUUCGAGAAAUGGAUGGUUGUCAAAUCGAUUCUGGGGAUGUUUGGAGCCACUAUGGAAAAUUUUGAGCAAACCAGCAUUAGAUGCAUCAAAAGAUACUUGGGAAAUUCCAUUUGAAAGUAUUGAGGAUUUAGAGUGGGUUGGAAGUGGGGCACAAGGGGCUGUUUUUCAUGGGAAAUAUAACAACAAAAGUGUCGCAGUUAAGAAAGUCAAACAUUUGGAAGAAACUUCAAAAAUUGCAGAAUUUCGCAAAUUCAAACACGAAAAUGUUGUUUCGUUCAUUGGAAUCUGUAGCCAGCCGCCAUGCUAUUGUAUCAUAAUGGAAUAUUGUACGCAAGGACAACUUUACGAGGUAUUGAGAAGUCAACGUCAAAUUCCACCGACUCUCAUGCUGGAUUGGUCAACUCAUAUUGCAUGUGGCAUGUCAUAUCUUCAUCUUCAUAAAGUCAUUCACAGAGAUUUGAAAUCACCAAAUAUUCUGAUCACGGACAAAGAUGUUUUGAAAAUAUCUGAUUUUGGAACUUCAAAAAAAUGGGAAGACCAAAGUACAAAAAUGUCAUUUGCUGGCACUGUGGCUUGGAUGGCUCCAGAAGUUAUAAGGAAUGAACCAGUUUCUGAGAAAGUUGACUUAUGGUCAUACGGGGUCAUUUUAUGGGAAUUACUGACUGGUGAAAUACCAUAUCUGGAUGUUGAUUCUUCAGCAAUCAUAUGGGGAGUAGGCAGUGAUUCAAUGAGUCUACCAGUUCCUACCACGUGCCCAGAAGGUUUCAAACUUCUUCUACGACAAUGCUGGAGUUCCAAAUCUCAGAACAGACCAUCUUUCAACCAAGUUCUAAGACAUCUUGAAAUCGCUGCUGCUGAUCUACUUGCUUCUCCUCAACAAUCGUUUUUUGCGUCUCAGGUAUCAUGGAGAGAAGAAAUUGCUUUGUAUUUCAAAAAAAUUCAGUGCGAGGGAACUCAGAUCCAUAAACUGAACGAUGAGCUUAUUAAACGGAGACAGGAAGAGUUACAACAUGCUCAAGAUAUCCGGGAGCAUUACGAACAGAAAUUGGAACAUGCCAAUAAUUUAUAUCUUGAAUUGAGUUCUUGCUUGCUGCAAUUGGAACAAAGAGAAAAACAAUUGUCUAGGCAUGAAGACAUGCUUUAUCACAAUGUAGAUGGUAGAUCAUCACUACCCAGUGUACAUAGUGGAAAUCUAGGAAAACUUCUCAAUGAACACUUGGGAAAAUUGCAACCUGUCGCUCGAGAAGAAAAAACUGUCAAACAUUUUGACAUGGACAUGAAAAAUUCACCGUCAACUUCACAGGUGGUAUCGAAUGGUCGACGUUCACAUAAAAGGCAAGGGAGCCGUGGUAGCACUACAAGAAUACUUGCUGAAUUGAGAAGGGCAGAUAGGAUGAAAGGCAUCAGUAACAACAACAAUAAAAAAGAAACUGUUAUUUUAUCAAGUUAUGAUCUUGCUCAUCCAUCUAUAGUUUCUAUACAACGAGACAAUACUUCCCCAUCAGCUUUAUGUAUUGGCUGUGACGGCAGAAACUCAUUGACAUCAGAAUGUAUUGAAAGAUCGGUAAAAUCAUCCCCUCGUUCGAGUAUGGGUAAAUCGUCAAAAAUAUGUAACAGCAGCACAUUUCCCACUCAACAAACUCAUCGGAAAUACUCAAGUGAUACUUCAGACUCCUCCGAUCCUCAAAGUUUUCGAAGAAGUCGAAGUUGUCGUUUUCCGAGAAAUCGAAGAUGCAAUUCGAUCUCGUAUCAAGGUUCACCACGAUCUCGCUCCGUACAAUUUGAAGUUCGAUGUCAGACGUCCCAAUCGUUGUGUAGUUUGUCUCAGGCAAGACGUUCCUCAGAUAAUUUCAGAUGUCUGUCAAAACUGUCGGAAAAACAUUCGAACAGUCUAAACGAAGUGUGUGAUCAUAGUGAAAAUAGUGGUAUGAACAAUGGUCACGAGCAUAAUAUUCUACAAAGAAAUGUUGGAAGUUGUAGCGUUCCUUCUAAAUUAUCACUACAAUCAGUGCCACCAUCUAUGACUUUAACCAAACUGAAAGCCAUUGUUCCACUUCAAGACGAAAGCGGAAGAGAUUAUUCUGAUGCUUAUUCAUCAAAUGAAAAUAAUACAAGUGACAGAUCAGAUUCCCCGGAAACAAAGAGAAUACAAAUGUAGCGUAACAAGGUAUAGUGUUAUCAGUUUGCCUUUGAUCUUGGAAUUCACAUUUGAAACCUGGAUUCACAGAAGACAUAACUUGGUAACAUAUUAUUUUUCUGAAGACAAAAUUAUCAUUGAGCAUUGAUGUGGUAUUUACCUGAAAAUCAUGUACCCAUUAAUUUAACUUUGGUUUUACUAUAUAGCAGGGGUGUGCACUGUGCAGUCUUUAAUACAAAAGUGCCCUGUGUGAAACCGCGGGCCACACUUUUAUUCACCAUAUGAUUUCUAGUAGUGGCCGAUAUAAAAAUUUUGAUUAUCGAUCUUAUGAUGUGCGUUGUCCCCCUCGUACAAGCUAGCUGUUAGGAAAUUGUAACAUCUAAGACAAAGGGAUUGGAAUUACUCGCACAUACCAGAUUAAACUGAAUUGAAAACUUGUUUUGCUGGCCGCACACCAUUUAAAAUUGGCACCUCCUCGCAGGCUGCACGAUUUGUUCUUGUGGCCGCAUUUGGCCUGCGGGCCGCAGGUUGCACACCCCUGUUUUAUAGUAUUCUCACACUAACUAUGUUUUUAUAUUUUAUAUCUGUUUUAUCAUUGAAUGCCAUAAAAAAUAACAUCUUUUAAGCACACUUCUUCAAAGCAAUUGGUUAUGUCAGUUGUUCUCAAACUUUCAUGGUCUGUGGCCCACUUUCAAAGACUCAACACAUGUGGCCCCUUACAAUAAAAACCUAGUUUUGAUUUUAACACAUUUCCAUCAGUUAUUUUAUGUACCAUAUUUAAUAAUAAAAAUCAAUUUACCACAUCGUGUCUUUGUUUGUUGCCCCAAGUGUACCAUCCUGGGGCCCCCAGGGGUUCCAAGGGCCCAGUUUAAGCAACCCGAAUUUAUGUGAUAGUUUUUGCUCGGAAUGGCUACUCCUUCAUCUAUAGGCUCAUUUGUUCUCUCACAUUGUGAUUUUUAUAGUGUUUUUCAAUAAUUAUUUUUGAAAUAUUAUAAAGAGAUAAUAAUGAGGUGUGUAGUUUUUAUCGAUGUUAUCAUUUUAUCAAUGAUUUUGUUCAAUAUUAUUUUUGAUUCCACUGCCUAUCAUUUAUUAGUUUGUGAAAUAAUUUUUAUUAUAACUAUUUGUGAAUAGUUCUAAUUUUCAUUGUAACUUUUUGGUAUUUUUUGAAGUAUUUUAUGAUACAUGAUCGUUAUUAAUUAUUAUAAUUACCUUUGAAAUUUAAUAUCGUAUUGACAUGCUUUGAAUCUCACAUCAAUUGGUAUUUGCUAAUGUGCAAUUCUGCACUAAAAUGAUAUGUAGACUCAGGGGCUCAUGGCAUUAAAUCAGGGGUGUGCGCUGUGCAACAUUUUUUAUCGGUUGGCCUUAUAACCAACUUCAGACAUCUAGCCGGGCCACAUAAAAAAUUUAGUUUUUCCCUGCCAGGAAGGCAAGAGAAACGAAUGCGAAUAUUGAUUAGUCUUGCAGUGAUUAAUGCAUCGAGCAAAACAGCGAAGGAUUUAUCUCAGCGACACGAGAAAAAAAACAUUGCAUAUUUUUUACCCAUGUGGGCGACUUUUUAAACAUAAAGUGUCAGAUUAUAAUUUUGUGCUUGAUGAAGAAAAAUCGGAGUGUUGACAUGGGCCACAGUAAAUGGUGUGGCCCGCAGGCCGCCUGUUGCACACCCCCACACUUGGGUGUGAUAUCAAUCUCAUAUAUUUCCGGAGUGUGUGCAUGUGAUAUUGCUUUGAGAAAAUUUCUAAAAAAAUACGCCAAUUCUACAAAGUCGGAAUACUAAUUCUCAAGGAUUUUGCUGAAUAGUGGUAUAAUAUACAUAAAUUGUUUACUUUCAAAUUUCACUUCAUUGUGUAUUUAUAAAUGAUAUUACUGUUGUUGCACUAAGCGAUAUGUUUGUUUUUUUGAAUGCUUCAAGAUUUUCCAGAUAUAGUGUUUGAAUCGGUACGCAAUUGGUUAUAAAAAGCAUUUGAUAUACAUAUAAUCUAUACUUUUAAACAUAAGCUUUCUCAGAUAAAAGUUUCCUAAAAGUUGCGUUAGGUUCAAAUACCAAUAUUCAAAAAGCCAUUGUAUGACAAUUAACGAGAGACUCCAAUAACUUAUAAUUGAACUGACAUGAAAAGAUGUCAUGAAUUUAAAAAAAAUAUUAGUACAGCAUAUUUGUUGACAGAUCGAGUUAGGAAUAACUGGUUAAGAAACUCAGGCAAUCAGUUUAUGCUGUAUUAUCUGUAAUAGAAGUAAAGCCAUAUUUCCUAAAGAAAAUCUUUUCAUCCAUACCUGGCAGGGUUUCAGAGAAUCUUUAUUUGUAUUAUAAUGCUCUAUUUCAGGUAAUACUUAUCCAUGUAAAAUUUUCAGGAUUGUCAUGUAUUGAUUUCUGUACCUUGCUAUUCUGUUCUAUAGUUCUUUGCAUAUUUUGCUUAAUCGUACUUGAUUUUUGUGUUCGUAAUUAAGAAAUCAUCUUGCGAUCUGCCUCAUUCUUAUUCGAGUAUUAUUCUUCGCUGACAUUGAUUGAAGUUUAUCAAUUUUCAGCAAUACUUCAAUCCGGGUUAUUUUUAAAUUGUACUGAUGUAUUUUUAGAUGAAUUUAUCCCUCCUGUCAGCACUCAGUUUCAUUGUGAAUUUGAAGUUAUUCAUUGUGAUUAGUAUUAUCACUGUCUUCUUAAAUUCUUACUGUUUAUUUCAACAGUAUUUUUCUGCUUUUUUAUCCUUAUAUUUUAGGUGUUGGAAAUUGUAAUCUCUGUGAUUGGUGAAUUCAUAAAUUUUGAAAUAAUGUUUAGAUCAGCACUCUUACCCAGUUGCUAAGUAUACCGUAGUUGCUUGCUGGCGAUAGUUAUUGAGAAAUAAAGAAUAAGAGACAUUGACAGUAAAUGGUCAACUACUGGGACUAGUUAUUACAGAAAAAAUCCUUUGAUCUUCAACAGAUAAAAUUCCCUGGGUAAAUUUAACUCUCAUGCUGUACUUCAUCUGUUAUGGUGCACAUUUAGUAAAUGGAAAGCAUAUGUAUUAAAAGUGCCAUGGAUUUGUAGACAAUAUAUUCUGAUUGGGAAUUGACAAAAUUUACAGUGUUACAAAAGCAAAAAUCGAAAACAAUAAGCCAUGUGCCAAAACUAAAUUUAAUCGUAAUCUCAACAAAUUCCUCGAGAUAUUUUUUAGCUAAAACAUCAAACUUUGGUUUUAGUUUGGUUGUGGCAGCAUCAGGCGGCUGGAUUGAUUAACCCAAUGGGCCUGAUUUGGCUCGGGGGCUGUACUUUGCCCAUGUCAGCUCUAAGUAUGUUCAAAUGACCUUGGUACUGUUGUGGGGUCGUCCUUUAUUUACCCAUACUUGUACUACAUUUGGAUUAGAACUGGGUAGCUACCCUUAUCAACAGUAAUUAGUAACAGGGCAGAGAGCCAUAGUAGGAUGUCCCAAUACCUGUACACUUUUGAUUAAUCAUGAUAUGCUUGAUCUGUGCUUUUAGUACCCUGCUGCUUAUAUGUGCAUAUUCGAGGUAAAUAUUUUACAGAUGGGGCAGAUUCUAAUUUAAUAAUAUUUUCAUAUGAAAAGAAAUUUGCUUUUUUGAUUAUAAAUCUUUUUGUUUUCUUUUAUUAUUAUUAUUUUUGUCAUUGUGAACUAUCAUUGUUUAAUUGAUCUUGAAAGUUUAAUAAAAAAACAUGUGAAUCA